AUGUCGGUGGUGAAGUCCAUUGAGUUGGUGAUACCAAAGGAGGCGUACGUGGCCGGCUCCACCGUGGAAGGGCAGCUGAUUCUCAGCCUUCACAGCACGCUGGUGGACCCUCUGCUGAAGGUUGAACUGAUUGGAAGAGGCUACCUGGAGUGGACAGAAGAAGCCAACAUGGAGAAAGACUAUAUCCAGCCAGCUACCUGCGUAAACAAGGCGGACUACGUCCACAAGUUGAAGACCUUCAAGAUUGAACGGAACUGGCUGGGCCCGGGCGUGCACACGUUUGACUUUGACUUCGUCUUACCUCCCAGCAUCCCAUCUACUUUCACCAGCCGAGUUGGGCGAAUUUGCUACUUCCUCCAAGCCCUUUGUGCCACACGAGAGCUCAUCCUUGGCAAGCAGAAGAAGUAUAUCUUGGUUCAAGGCAUCUCCCUUCACAGACAGGACACGGUGGAAUCCGAGUACCCCUUGGUGGUAGAAGUCCAGAAGGUCCUUCCUUACAACUGUUGCGUCAGGAGCGCCCCCAUCACCUUGUGCAUGUCGCUGAGCAAAAGCACCUAUGCUCCGGGUGAUAACAUCGUCUUCACGACAGAAAUCACCAACCCGAUGAGGAAGUCCAUCUGGAAGGUGGUCUUCACCCUCCAGUCGGUGGUCCUGUACAAGGCUUUCAACUUCCGGGCCGAGCGGCGGACGUUGGAGCAACGCGAAGAAAUGAUGCGGCUGGAGUCGAACAUUGAAAGAGGGCCCUGUGAGUUCACCAAGAUUCGCAGCACCCUCUGCUUACCCAAAGUGAUGCCGGUCACCAGCAACCGAAAGUCUGAUGACAUCAUGGAGAUUGGCUAUGAGCUGACGGGAACGGUCCAUUUCCCCUGGUGCCUCAACACGGUGCUGGCCAAGAUCCCCAUCGUUGUGAGAAACGAAGCCACAAACUUUCCAGAAUAA